AAAAAAGCCUAAAAUCAUACACGUCAAGAAGCACAAAGUGGGAGCAUUUUGUUACAUCAGAUUACCAUAAAGAUUUUGGAUGGGAAAACGAAUAUAGAUAUAAAUAUUUUGGUUUCUUUUGGUAAAAACAGCAAUAGUGGGCAUUGAAGAUGGGUGACAUGACAACCAACAUAUCACUUACAAAAUCAAGGUUAUCAGGAUCUGUGAUGUGUUGUGUUCAGACAAAGUUGAGUCACUUCAAACAAUGCAAAGGAAGUGAGAGUAACAAUCCUAUCCGACACCCUACUUUCUUUAAAACGCCACACAUUCAAUAUUGUGGUGAUUAUAAUUUAGAAGCAAACGUAUGUCGCACCUCAGGAUUCGUAUCCAAUAUAAGACCAUCAAUUCGAUACAACGGUAAACUCGAUGAGAAAGACAACCCAGCUUUCAGAAACAUACUGAGCAGUAAUUACCUUUCCACAAACCAUAAAGAUUUUUUGCCGUAUUCCAUGCCAUCUGGGAAAGAAACUUUACCUUACCUUACAAAUCAACUAGCAAACGAGACAAACGUAUCAAAAGUCUUUUCGACAGGAAACUAUUUUUUUGAACAGAAGUUUAAAGAUAUCUUUACUCCAAUACUACCAAAGGGAAAACUUGUACUACCAACAAAAGCAGGUCCUUGUAACAUCGAAGACGAAAACUUCCGUCAUGGCCUUAAUACAUAUUCUAUCACCGACGUAGUCCAUUACAGUCGAAUUAAACCAAGACCGUAUGAUAUGUUCAAAGUUACUGUCGGUCGUAAGGAAGAAUCUGGAUCUACUAAUACUCGUUUACAACUGUUCAACCAGGUCGGAAAACUGAUAAAUUAGCAGGCCAAACUGCUUAUAUGAGUGAUUUUAGACCUUUUUGUUAUAAAAAUGGUUCUGAGCUUUUCUCAAAUUGGGUAGGCAACUUAUCGCACCAGGAGCCAACUGAUUAUGUUAUUCAAAAUAAAAUUUGGCCUGAAUACAAAAGUCAUCAUUCAUAUUAUAUAUUUAAGCACUCUGAGGAUUUUCCAGAAGUAUAUUUGGAAAAGUUAAAGACGAAUGAUUCAGCCGAAUAUCAAAGUGCUACUCAUAAAUACAAAGAACCAAGGUAAAACAUAUUUAUUGUUUUAUUUAUUAUUCUUAUUAAUACAUCUCAGUAAGCUAAAAACUACUGCUAUUUGAUAGCUCACCAGCUAGUUUGAUGACAAACUGGGUUUGAAAAACUGUUGUUCUGGAAAUUACGACCACCUGCGACUAGACUUAAAAGCAUAUUUAGAAAUGAUAUCAAGAAUGUUUUCAUAUCGUUAUGCUAAUUGUCCACUUUUUAAAACAAACUUAUUAAACUUGGUAGCUGUCUAAAAAAUCAGUAAAUUAUUUGACCAUUCUUCUUUAUUCAUAUAUAAAGCGCCUAAGCAACCACUUUACAAGGCAGGUCCGUGAAAUAGUAGUAUACCUACUCUGCCCUUAGUUUAAAAAUAACGAGUAUUGAUCUAGUCUCUAGCUAUCAAAUAAUGUGCGUUUUAAAAUCUUGCACAUGAAUCUGGGCUUUGCUAUCAUGUUGAGUUGGCAUGGUAAGCCCCGAUAUCUUUGUAGAUAACAGUUAAAGAUACAUUGUCCUUCGGAUGUCCGCUAAAAUAAGUCAACUAACUCAGAGCUGUUGUCUUUAAAUCUAGUUUACAGUGAUGCCUAAUUUCUGAGAUGUAACUCAGAUCCCGCAAUCACCAUUAUUGGGUUUAGCAUUCUGUAAAGUUAAAUGGAAAUUUAUUGUUUGGUCUUUUGAUGUAUGACGAAGAAUUUUUUUGCAGUUGCACUGUUAACUAAGACAUCGUUUUACCCAAGAAAAAGUUAUAAAUACAUCGUUUCAGAGUGUUACUAGGCGGCAUAUUAUCAGGUUAACAUCCAGCGAGCAACAUAUUAUAAGUUAAUUAAUUAUUAACUAUUUUGUUAUCCAUUAUGACAACCUGAAAAAAUUGUACCCUGUUUACGCAGAGAGCUAAAUAUGUUGAUAUUUUCUCUUGUUAUUACUUUGACAUUAAUAUAAAUAAAUACUGAACGGUGUAACAUGUAUGUGAUUGUAUCUGCCUGUCACUUGUUAAUAACCAAUCUCAUGAUAUCUGGACAUUGGUAACCACAAAGUUAAGAUUAUAUGUCUUAUUGUAAACCAUUUCACGCUGUGUGAGCGACAUGGUGGUGACCUUUUCUAUUAUAACGCUAAGUAAAGUAGAUCCAAAUAUCUUCGAGAUAGAAAAAUUUUAAUACACGUUAUUGAUGUAAUUUACUGGUGCAUGUUUACAGGUAUGACGAAUCGUCCCAUGGGUUCCCAAUGACUGUUCAAAACAAUGUGUUAAAAUAUGUUCUGUAUGAUAAUGAAAACUGAAUACAAUGUAGAAGAAAAAGGAUUCCAAGUUUCGGAUUUGUAGACAAACGGAAUUUUCAGAAAUAGAUCUAGCUUACGCAAUUAUCACUUUUCAUGACCAACUAAACUAUUUUUCUGGUGAUUUUGGUAAUAGGAAUGACCAUAGUUUGGCUGUUUUUCAUUCAUAGGUACUUUGAAAUUAAUGAAGAAAUUCCAUCGCUUAUAAGAACAAACCAUAUAUUAGCACUGGUCUGUCACAAUUUCCGAAAAAUCAAUGAAAUCUCCUGGUGAAUAUUUACAUUAAAAACAGUUUUUUUCACCUCACCAGAUUAAAUUGAAAGUAAUCUACUGCAAAAAGUUGUAAACCUUUACCCAUACACUUUCAGUUUAUUAUCUUGAAGAGAACAACAGCAAACAUUUGAGGAGAACACGAUGAACUAAUUUUAUUUUGCUAGGGUGUCGUUAGCUAUUUACAAACUAUAAAAUACUUUAAAAUCAAAAUCGCCAUAUAAUUAACUAAAUUAUACUGGAGAAAUCAGUCAAAAUUGAAUAAGCAUCGUUGUAGUGGAGUAAAGAUUGCAAUUAAGUUGACGAGUUUGGAAAAUGUUGCAAGUCAAUAUACUGUCCAAAUAAAGAUCAUAGAGUACCAAAACAGCUACUAACGUUCAUAGAACUAAAAAUUCACUUAAUUGCGUAUUGAAAUAAUCGAACCCAGGUUAAUUGCAAUAUAGAAUAACAUGACUUGAGAUGUCAUUCAUUAGUAACAUUAUGCAUGUAAAAAACCCAAGAAUAAUGCUAUCAAAAGUGUGAGAAAAGUUUACAACGUGAUGUAAUAAAAUAAUCAUAUUGUUGCCACGAUAAAGAAUGCUUCACGUCAGUUUUCUUUUGGACACAUUUAUCUGUUCUUAGGUGCUUGAUGGCUAUGACUUCAACAAAUUUCAGAGCACUGUCUAUUAAUCAACUUGGAAGAUUCAAAUAGAUCAACCUGUCGUCCUACGUCGAAGAUUUAUAAUGAACCAAAACUACUGAAAGCCUUUAAUAGGUUUGACCUCAAACUUUUAGGAAUGCUUCCUUAAAAUCGAGAGUAUCCCUGUGGUAUUUGCAGUCCUACUGGUUAUGUUUAGAAACAAGAACCACUUCAAUCCCCACAACGCAAAAUAAAAAAUAAAAAGAAUGGAACAAGUAUAGACUCAUUAACUGGUCAAAAAACACUACCUUGUUUUUACUUUGAGGUAUAACUGUCGAUCUUUGGCUUCGUUAAAAAAACAUGUUUUGUGCGAGACCAUUAGGUUGGCUGCAUGAUACGUGUUUAAUUAAGUAAAUUAAGCCCAGAGUUUUAAGAAGUGUCAUUAAUACGGGAUUUGGUUAACAUCUAAAAAUAUCUCAGUUGCUUGCUAGCUUCGUACUAGUCAGUUGAAUACAUUUUGCAAAGAGUUCUUUAAAUAAAUUAAAAAGCUAUUUACAACCAUCAGCAUCCAGAUGUAUUACUUCUUAGUUGUAACUUACGUCUUAUUAUACAGUUACAUCUUAUAUCACUGAUUUUCGUUGGGGUACGGGAAUAACCAUUCAAAAGUAUUCUAAUCAACCGCCCGAUAGUAAUCAGUCAUAUGUUCCUCAAGGUAUAUUGUCUAACCAAACUUUUCCUGUUGAUGUUUGUAAUGAGACAAUCAAGCCAUACAGUUGGUUUUGAGUUCUACACAUAACAAUUAUAACAAAGGGCUCACAGAAUGAUUUACAAAAUCAACCUAAAUCAUCAGCUGAACUGUUAGGUAGAGUGACCAUCGGUCGAUUAGAACCGAGUGGUUCCACCUUGAAUAUUUCUGGACAUGUUCAAAGUCAAGAUAUGCCACUGAAUCGUUUUAUAACACACAACAUGACUAGAUUCUACUACCCACCACCUGGCCAAGGUGAUGGAGACCGAGGACAUAUUCUCUUUAAUACACAACCUCUCAAAGAAACAGCAACUUCAAGAUCAGUUAGACUACAUUAUCUUGAACCACAAACUCCAUCAACUGAUAAAUUGGGUACCGAUGAUCCCUACCAAUCAAAAAGUAUUUUGGCAAGAGAUACACUUCUCAGACGGACGACGAAGAAUAUUAUGUGAAUUUCUAUCUACCAUUACUUUUUAGCCAAAAGAAAUAAACUGGUUUACUGUUCUAAAACGUUUUCUGGUAUAUUUCUGUCACUGACGGUAAACAGGUAGUAUACUAACAAUUAUUACCCUCGAU